AUGCAAAAACUCAACACCUACGAAGCAACUCCUUGGGUUGCUGCAUAUCAAUGUUGCAUUGUUAUUUAUACCUUCAUUAGUUUCGGACUUAUACUGGUUUCGGUUUUCAAUUAAUCAAUACUAAUGGAUUCUGUAUUUUAAAUUCCCAUUAUAUCAAGGCACCCCAAUUUUAUUCAGAUUGGGAUAAUAACUUUAUCGUAGAUUUAAAAAUCUAAGUCUCUUGUGAUGAUGGCUAUGAGAAUUUAUUAAAUUUCACAUGGCCUGGAACUGAACUUGGAUGUGAUUGUACCUAAACUAAUGGAACAGAUAAAUACAAAUAUACUAAGUAAAAAAAAAUAAAAAUAUAGUUAUUAUUAUAUGGAAUGUAGUGAGUUUAUGUUAGCUGAGAAUUGUCAACCAGUAGAACCAAUUUAUGAAUAGUAAUUCAAGCAUUGGCCAUUUAUAAAUUAAACUACAGUUAAAGGUGCAGAAUUAAGAUUUAUUUUUAAGGUUAUAAGUUGUGUGGAAAACAAAGUAAAGAGACUGCAAUUGAAGCGUUUUAAAUUGGUGAGGCUAGUGAAGGAUACAAAAAAUGCGGCAAGGUUUUUCAAGUACCAUCUGAUGAAUUAUGUCCAAUAAAUGAAUUUACUUUAUCUCCAGAUCCAACUGGUAUAGAAAUUUAAGGAACUGGAUAGUAUUUAUAAAUUCAGAGAGUUGAAGAAGAUGAAAUUCCAUUAAUUGGAUUUACAAUAGGAUUUAGUAAUUAUUUAGUAUAAGUAAUAAUAGAUUCAAUUUGUUAUUCAAUUUCAGAAAUUUAUGAGUUUUAAUAUUUAGACAAGAUGAUUCAUUAUCAUUGUUAUGAUAAUGAUGAAAGAUAUGUGCGCUUAACAAAUGAUAUGUCUUAUAAUGAUUUACUAAUGGUAAAUGAUAUAUAGGAAGAGUAUAAGAAAUUAUAUAAGAAUUAAGUAAUUGAAGGGAGAAGUAAAAUAUGAAAAUAAAAGUAGAUGUGAAUCUGUUUUAUAAAUAACUAACUUAAUUUCAUUACAAUUCAUCAGAAUUGUGUUAAGGGGAGGAUUUAGAAUAUAUACAUAAUUUAAAUAUGUAUAUAAAAGAUAAUGUGAUGGAUGUACAAUUGGCAGCAUAAGUAAUAGUAGGAAUUCAGGCAGGAGUGUUUGGAUUCUUAGUUCCUUUAGUUUCAGCAAUAUCUUUGGUUGGUUGCAAUUUCAAAUAUACAAGUUUAAAUAGAAAAGGUUCGCAUUAUAAAGAUUUAUUUGGAUUUUGGUUAGGCGUCAAAAUGAUUGGUGAGAUCCUGUGCACAAUUAUUUUGGCAGCUGAUAUGGGAUACUAAUAAUAAAUGAUGGACCACUUUUAUAAUUUUAUCAAAGCGGAUUGUUCUGAUAAGUUUUCUUUAGAAGAAAUGAGUGAUUUCUACAACAAGUAUGAAAUCAAGGUUUAUAAUUAUGUUCUUCUUAAUUUCAUUCUUUGCAUAAUUACAUGUGUAUUUGACUUUUAUUUCACUUAUCUUAUGUGUAGAGAUAAACAUCAAGAUGGAACCUAAUUUAAGAAGAGCGGAAAUUCUCAUCAAAAGAUUUUCACAUCUACUCAUCCUGAUGAAUUAUUAAAUAAAACAAAAAUUCAACCUUAAUCAGAAAUUAAGCAAUAAUUGAAUCAAUAACAUAAAUAAUUUGAAGAUGUCGAAAUACCAGGUGAUGAUAUGCCUAAACCACAUUAACCUGAGAAUUGA